AUGUCGUUCCUUGGUGGCGCUGAGUGCUCUACCGCGGGAAACCCGCUCACGCAGUUCACAAAGCAUGUGCAGGACGACAAAUCACUCCAACGGGACCGCCUUGUUGGAAGGGGUCCCGGGGGCAUGCAAGAGAGUAUGCGGUCGAGGAGUAUGAUGGGUGGUCAAGAUCAGAUGAUGGACGAGUUCGCCGCACAACAACCAGGCCAGAUUCCGGGGGCAGCACCGCAACCAUUUGCGAUGGAACAGUUAAGGCGCGAGCUAGAUCACUUCCAGACCACUCCGCCUAGGACGGGGUCUCCCGGGUGGGCUGCUGAGUUUGAUACUGGCGAACAUGCCCGGAUGGAGGCUGCCUUUGCCGGCCCUACAGGACCUCUAAUGAACAACGGGUCCGCAUUCACACCUGCAGAGUUUGCUCGCUUCCAACAACAGAGUCGGGUGGGCCUGCCACAAACGUCAAGUCCAGCCACGUCCGCGUCGCCGAUGAUGGCAGGUUAUCAGCGUCCAAUGGGCAUGGGGUACAUGGGUAUGGGAGGAAUGGGCAUGAUGCAUCCAUCCUAUACACCCAUGGGCAUGCAACAACAGCCAGCGGAGGCCGCUACUCAGGACAAGGGCAAGGGCCGCAUGGUCGAGCUCGAUGAUGAGAACUGGGAGGCACAGUUUGCCGAGAUGGAGACGGCGGGCAACCAGACCCUGGACGAUGAGGCCAACGCGGCUAUGGAGGCGGAGCUGAAUGAUCUCGAUAGGUCAGUCCCCACUACUGACACUGGUAAUGCUCAAGAUUACGGUGCUUUUGAGAGCGUAUGGCAAAGAGUCCAAGCUGAAUCGGCGGCAAGCAGGAAACUGGCGGAGGAAGAUGCCUCUUUCGAUAUUAACGACAGCAUGCACAUGGGAGACCUUGGUGAGUGGGAUGGCUUUGACAAUCUCCACACGCGUUUCCGAGAUCCUCAGUUGGGCGAUUACAUGUUCGAAGAGGAAAACGUGUUCCGGAAUGUGGCCAACCCCUUCGAAGAAGGCGUCAAGAUCAUGCGCGAAGGCGGCAAUCUUUCCUUGGCUGCGUUGGCGUUCGAGGCGGCUGUUCAGAAGGACCCUCAGCACGUUCAAGCCUGGACAAUGCUGGGAUCCGCACAGGCGCAAAAUGAGAAGGAGCUUCCUGCUAUUCGUGCCUUGGAACAGGCGCUGAAGGUCGAUCCCCACAAUCUGGACGCGCUCAUGGGGUUAGCUGUUUCGUAUACAAACGAAGGUUAUGACUCGACAGCGUACCGCACCCUCGAGCGUUGGCUUUCUGUCAAGUAUCCUCAGAUCAUCGAUCCUAAGAAUCUGUCAUCCGACGCAGACUUGGGCUUCACAGAUCGCCAGAUUCUACAUGAACGGGUCACCGAUCUGUUCAUCAAGGCGGCGCAGCUGUCACCUUCUGGAGAGCAAAUGGAUCCAGACGUUCAAGUCGGGUUGGGUGUUCUCUUCUACUGUGCGGAGGAAUACGACAAGGCUGUCGACUGCUUCUCCGCCGCGCUGGCAUCUACUGAGUCAGGCACUGUGAAUCAGAAGGAGCAACUUCAUCUUCUCUGGAACCGUCUCGGAGCUACACUUGCCAACUCCGGUCGCUCAGAGGAGGCUAUUCAGGCAUACGAGCAAGCUCUUACAAUCAACCCCAACUUUGUCCGUGCCCGGUACAACCUUGGCGUAUCCUGCAUCAACAUUGGUUGCUAUCCCGAGGCCGCACAGCACCUCCUAGGUGCUUUGUCUAUGCACCGUGUCGUCGAACAAGAAGGCCGGGAGCGAGCUCGCGAGAUCGUUGGCGGUGGUGAGGGCGGUAUUGAUGACGAACAACUUGAGCGGAUGCUCCAUAUCAGCCAGAACCAGAGCACCAACCUUUACGAUACGCUGCGGCGUGUAUUCAGCCAGAUGGGCCGUCGGGAUCUGGCUGAUAUGGUAGUCGCAGGGAUGGAUGUGAAUGUGUUCAGGAAAGAAUUCGAUUUCUAG